AGUUGUUUGGCUUCUAAAUAAACGGAAAAAAAAGGUGACGUAAUAAUACCGAUGCAAUAUGCCUCUUGCUAGCGGCUAUUACUGUGCAAUUUUCUGCACUUUUGGCGAAAGAGCCAUCGAUUAGAAAAACGUACUGUGACUUAAUAGCUGAUAUCAUCAAGCACCUGACUUUAAAAUCAUUUUGUAAUCAAAUACCCAUGCAGAAAACUAAUUCAAUUUUAUGACGUCAAUUUUUUGCUACUCUGGUGGUACCUUCGUUUGUUUGCAUUUUGCUUGUCACUUGUUUACCGCCGCAGUCUACAGUGUAAAGAGUGUAACCUCACCUGACCUCGGGGUACGAGUGACCGAUGACCUCGCCCACGUGAUCGACUGUAACCUCGCCAAGGCCCUCGAACGCACCGCUCUAUCCAGCCUCGCAAAGGGUUCCGUUUUCUCUUAAUUCACGCAUUACUGGUGAAGGGUGACCGGUUCUCAUGGCUUCCAAUACCAACAUCGCAUCUAAAGAACACGCAACGCCAAAAGUAACCGCGGAUCCCGACCCGAAACAGAGCCUGGCUCCGGCUGCGGAUCCGGUCCCGGUCGUGGACCUGGACACGGAUCCCGAUCUCUCGGUGGGAGCCGCGGAGCUGCUGGAGCUGGAGCGCUCCUGUCGGCAGCAGCUGUCUUCGGCAGGUCACUGGCCAGCCGAGCGGCGGGCGCGGCUCCAUAACCGGCUCGGGCUGUUGUUGUAUGGCCAGGUGAGGUUUGACGAGGCGGCUGAAGAGUACCGCGCUGCGCUGGACGCCUGGCCGAGACUAGCCGCGGCCGCGCACAAUCGCGCCAUCGUCCGCUACAGGAUGGGCUAUUUCCAGGAGGCAGAACGCGACCUGAUGCUGGCGCAGUCCUUGGAGCCUGAAAAUACAGAGAUCGCCACUGGGCUUCAGGAGACGCGACGGCUACUGGGAGGGAUCCCUGCAGAGGGUGCCAGCAGCUGACAGGGUUGGGUCCACUGUU